AUGAGAUUCGACAAUCUGUUAAUAACAGUCUGUCUAUCUAUUUAUCUAUCUACCUCACGCUCUUUAUAUCUAUCUAUCUAUCUGUCUAUAUAUCUAUCUCAGUCUGUUUAUAACUGUCUGUCUGUCUAUCUUUUUAUCUAUCUACCUCACUAUCUAUCUAUCUAUCUAUCUAUCUAUCUAUCUAUCUAUCUAUCUCACUCUGUUCAUAUCUAUCUAUCUAUGUCACUUUGUUUAUAUAUGUCUGUCUAUCUAUCUCAGUCUGUUUAUAAAUAUCUGUCUGUCUAUCUUUUUAUCUAUCUACCUUACUCACUUUAUAUCUAUCGAUCUAUCUAUCUAUCUAUCUAUCUAUCUAUGUCACUCUGUUCAUAUCUAUCUAUCUAUGUCACUUUGUUUAUAUAUGUCUGUCUGUCUAUCUAUCUAUCUAUCUAUCUAUCUAUCUAUCUCAGUCUGUUCAUAAAUAUCUGUCUGUCUAUCUUUUUAUCUAUCUACCUCACUCUCUCUAUAUCUAUCUAUCUAUCUAUCUAUCUAUGUCAGUCUGUUUGCAUCUAUCUAUUUUAA